GCUAAGCCCUGUUAGGUCAAACCCGAGUGUGAGGGAAAGAGAAGCUCCCAAACGUAAACGUCAAACGCGCUUUGAGUUCGGGAGGAAUCAACCGUAGAAACAAUAUUUAAAGCAUUGUUAGUAGUGAAAACGUUCAAUUUGGUUUUCUUGGAAGUCCAAUAACAGUUCAAUUAAAACAAAACUUAUAAUCACGUUAAUUACGUACUAUUUACCGAGUAUUAGUUGGUUAUUUGUUGCUGUUCAAGAUAUAGAACUCUAACCUCACAUAGUGAAAAACGAAGUCCUGAAAAAAUACGGUCUAUUCCUCGAACACUGCAAAAUGGCAGCGGUUAUUCGGCUUAAAAGACGGGUCGAUGAGGAUCCACUAAAUGCAUUUGUGCUCAACUGUAAAAAGCAGCGAACAGAUUUAGGUGCUGAUUUAUUGAGCCCUGAAGGAAACGGAAGUGGAGCAUCCAACGAAACAUCUACAGUGCUCAAGUUUGCUGGAACGUUCGCAAAAGCAGACAAUAUUUCAUCACAUCUUCAGCAGCGUCUCACGAAAAAAGAAGCCGAGGAAGCAAUAUCCCGUGUGCAUCGUCCUGCAAUUGUUUCCAGAAAUCGUGCAGUUGCGCGUCAGAAUGCCCAGAACAACCGGUUUCGUAUAGUAAAUUGUACCCGCUCUCUUACUCAAACUGAUGGUGCUGAAGGAACCACAAUCGUGGAUGUGGAAAGGGAAAUAACUGACUCUGGGUCUGCAGUCGCUGCUGGAACGGUGCCUGUUGUCAGCUCUGCCACAGUCGGUAGUGAAAAUGGAUCCGUAUGUAAACCUCAGCCUCGUGCGGCUAUGCGGGAGGAACCGGACUAUGUGUACGAUUUGUAUGUCGCCGAUGACAGCGACCAACAGACGCGCAUUCCCUACAUUCCGGACAAUUUGGACGACAUCAGUGUUGCUAUCUAUGAUGAUCCGCUCUAUUCGAGUCAUCGUGGCGGCGAAGGCGGUUAUACGGACGAUGAAGAUUCGGAAGAUUCAAACGACGAAAAUAAUUGGCGUAAUGAUUACCCGGAUGAGGACGCUGAUGUUUUCGGUGAAGGAAAUAGCAUUGACGAGGACGAUAUGAGGCGAGCGGUGGAGGAUUUUGAUUUCGAAGGAGAUCGAGAGUUAUCAUCCGACGAUGAAGAUCUCGCUUAUUUUGAAAAUAAUCCACCUGCGUAUCCCCCGGAUUAUGAUGAAGAUGAGUUUUGUGAGGAGGAUAAUGCUGGGCUAAAUCCGAGCGAUGUUGCCCGGUUCGGAACGGCCUAUGCUAAAUAUAAGGCGCGCAUUAUGAAGCAUAUUGAUAAGAAACAGAAUUCCGAUCAGUACGACUCGGAGAUUGAUUGCGGUGAUGAUGGUCGAUCAGACGAUGAUAGUGAGAGUGAGAAUUUUGAUCUUUAUGAUUAGUUUUUCCGAAAGUACUAUGAAAACAAUGUAUAUAGAAAAAGUUA